GACCGCGUAGACGGUAGGUACGCGGAAGGUAGUUGAAGAAACCGCACGUUAAAUAUUCCAGAAAAUAAUUUGCAAUUUUGAAAUUACUGUAAAAGAAAAUGAGUUCCAAAAAGCGUAUCUGCAUAAUAGGUGCCGGUAUGGCAGGACUAACGGCACUUAAGAACUCGCUGGAACACGAUUUGGAGGCAGUGGCGUAUGAACGAUACACUACAGUCGGCGGUACCUGGAUCUAUAUGGAACGUAAAGAGGGUGAAGACGAGGAAGACGUACACAGUAGCAUGUAUCAGGGAUUGCGCACCAAUCUGCCAAAGGAAGUGAUGGGUUUUCCAGACUACGAUUUCGAUACGAAUAUACCGGAGUCAUUUAUCAGCUCCGAACUCGUGUUGGAGUACCUACAGAAUUAUGCAAAGCAUUUUAAUUUAACACCACAUAUCAAAUUGGAACAUGAGAUAAUAAGAGUGCGACCACGCAGCGAAGGUUGGGAGGUUAUCGUACACGAUCUCAAAAGCGAUAAGUAUUUCGUUGAGUACUUCGAUUUUGUUUUAGUUUGCAAUGGACACUUCACCACACCCAUGUAUCCGGAUACCGAAGGGCUUGAAAACUAUCAAGGCAAGCGCUUGCACAGUCAUCUCUAUCGCACUCCCGAUGUUUUCAAGGGUCAAAACGUACUGGUUGUGGGUGGCGGUCCAAGUGGCGUUGACAUUGUACACCACAUAUACCAACAUGCUGAGCACGUCUAUCUCAGCCAUCAUUUAGAGAGCGAACUACGAACGGAUUUCAUGCCAAACGUCACAAAAAAGCCAGAUAUUCUGCGUUUCACUGAAGAAGGGGCUAUUUUUAGAGAUGGUAGUAGCGCCAGCUUUUCAUUUGUGAUAUUUUGCACCGGCUAUAAGUACACUUUCCCCUUUCUGAGCGUUGAUUGUGGCAUAAAUGUGGAUGUCAAUUGGAUACAUCCACUCUACAAACACUGCUUAAAUAUCAAUAAACCAACAAUGGCCAUCAUCGGUUUGCCGCAUCAAAUAUCUCCAGCUCAACUUUUUGAUCUACAAGUGCGUUUUGCAUUGGCCUUCUUUACGGGACGCAAGGAAUUGCCAAGUCGUGCUGAUAUGCUCGCGGAAAUGGAAGCGGAUAUGCAGGAGCGCUGGGCAAAUGGUGUAUCGAAGCGGGUGGCGCACAAAAUGGGCGUAAAACAGUUUGAUUACUACGAAGACUUGGCAGUCACAGCGGGCGUGAAGAAACUGAAACCUGUGGUUGGCAAAAUGAUGAAAUCAUGUUCUAGAAGAUAUAUUUUCGAAUUGGAUACAUAUCGUCAAAGUCGAUAUAAAGUUGUUGAUGAUGAGAACUUCAUAAAAAUUGAGUAAUAAUGCAGCAAAUUGUAUCUAAAAAUUAAGAGAUUUUACAUAGUCCACGAACAGUGUCAUAUUUAGUGAAUUGUAAAAAAUAAAUACAAACCUAAUUAAUAAAAAAACCGUAUUUUUGUGUAACUGUUUUCAAUUGCGAAAAAAAUGUUCGAUCUUCUAAUUUUCGUAACUAGUAAAUUGUGGACAAUAAAUCAAAAUUGAGAAAAAGCA